AUGGAUCGUGGCUUUCUCGUUCCGACCCCACCAGAGCUCCGGAAGCUUGGACCUCCUCGUCCACUCGGUCCAAACGAACUCGAUGAACACUUCAUCGGCUCAACCCUCUUUUUUCUCUUUGCUUUCUUACCUGGUCUCGUCUCCCGAUCCGGUCAUGACAGGUUGGAGAUCUUUCAUGCCCCCCCCUCUCUUUCUCCUCUUUCCUUUCCCCACCAUCCACCCACGACCGGAAUCGUGUUGCAGCGGCCGCUAAGACAUUGUCUGAUCAUCGCGAGGCGGACGACCUGCACCGGUUCAGACGUCAGAGCACAAUGA